UCUCAAGCGCGUCUUGAUCCCGUUCUGGGUUAUCCGCAUCGUCAUCAUGGCGAUCCAGAUUGCCCUGUACGCCACCUUAAUUGCCGGUCUCGGCGUCUUCAGCGACGAUCUAGAGCGGCUUUAUGACGAAUAUUUACAACACCAACCUCGGGUACGGCGCCGUUCUCGCCGUCGCAUGUGUCAUCACUGCCAUCAUCCUGCUCUGUCCGAUCCUCGACAUUGUUUGCAUCGUCAAGCGCGCCAGACGCACCUUGUCCCCGCCGUUCUUCCUGGGCGUCAACAUUACCCAGGGCCUCUUCUAUAUUGUCAACUUUGCUCUCACAAUGGCCGGUCCCCGCAAGGGCGCGGUGGUCAUCGUUAUCAGCGUGUUCAUCCUCCUCUCCUUCCUGGGCCUACUCUUCUACGCCUCGGUCGUCUACCACCAGUACCGCACGGGUUCCCUGGCCGGCACCUACAUACCGACCGUCAACCCGGAGAUGCACAACCUCGUCGCCAGCAACACGAGCUACCCCCGGAUCGCGGACCCUCCCGCCCCGCUGCAGUUCGCGUACGCGCAGAAGGAGUACCCCAAGUCGACGGCAACCUACUACGACCUGGAGUCCGUCGGCCGGGUCCGGCAGUUCGGGCCGCCGGGCUAUGCUCCAGCAAACGCCGCGUGCGAGCCUUUCAGGCCGGCCGACAGCAAGACCGACGAGCCGGGCCAGCAGCUGGAAAAUAGGGUGCACCCGCGUUCGGCUGUCUGAGAGCGUCGCAGUGGAGGUGGCGUUUCGUGUGGUCUUAAUGGGGACCUGGUCAUAAAAAAAAAACAUGUUUGCAUUUUGGGCGGCAGAUUGUUGGGUCGUAUUCCUUGCUCCUCUUUCGAGCCGCGGUUAGGAAAGGCGUCUGGCGCUCUGAUUCUGGGGAUUUUGACAUAGACGGAGUAUUGAUCGAGUGCUUAUUAAGGUCAAAUAAUUCAUGUCCGUUGAGAGAGCGACAUGUUGGAUAA